CUGAACUACAACAUUUACAAAGUUUCGCUCCAAAUACACCCAAUUUCCAUGCACAAACAUUGCUGUCCACAUGUUCCCAAGUAUUUUGAUGUCACAUACAACGUUCUUGUAGGUGGGGAGAAGAGGACGGGGGAGGAGGGAGAGAGAGUACAUAUAGCACAACCCCAUAAAACCAUCUUUUGUGCUGUUGGUGUCCCAAUUUAUUUUGUCCAUGAUUGUAGUCUGUAACAAACUUUUCCCUUGAAUUUCAGAUUUUAUAUUAUCAUAAAUUGCUACAGAUGUUCUCACACAAUGUCAGGAGAUCUUCAAGCAACAUUAGAAAUAUCAGUAGAAUUGUCAACAUUUCACAAUGUAGAUCUCUUUCAAAGAGGGUACUAUCAAAUAAGAUGUAGUUUAAAGCCCCCAGAAAAAUCUGUUACAUGUAUUGAUGUUGAAUACAGGAGGACUAAUGGCGAUUAUCAGCCAGAUGACUGUCUAUACCCAGCACUAGUGACACCAACAGGACUAACAGCAGUUUCCAAGACAUUUCAAAUACUGUAUAAGAAUGAAGAGGUUAUUCUUGCAGAUCCUUUCAUCUUCAGACUCAAUAUGCUGGUUGACAGCAAUAAGCUGACAGAUCAAAUUGACCAGGCUGACGUUCAGCUGCUAGUAGAACUGUAUUUUUCUGAUGCAGAAGUUGGUCCUGAAUCUCCAGAUUCCCUUGUUAGCGUAUCAUCUCAAAUACUCAAGCUUCACUUGUCAUCAAUAAAGGGACUACACCAUCAUGUUCCCAUUCUCUUUGAUUAUUUCCAUUUUGCUGUCAUUGAUACCACAAUACAUGCAGUUUUAGUCAAGCUUAGCCUUCCAGAUCCAAGCAUUUUGAAGAUACCAAAGUCAUCAUGGUUUUCCAAAGCAUCAGCUAAUACCAGAGUGCCAACACCACUGUUUUAUGCUAAACUGUUUGGUAACAAACCUAUAGAUAAUGUGCUUAGCACAAGGACUCCAGCAGAGGAAAGACAAAUUAGGUUUGCAUAUGACACUCACAGGUCUCUUUGUAGUACCCUCCUGUCUGUCCAGGUUAACUUGUUGGCUUAUUUUGAAUGCUUGUCAGAGUUCUUGCCAGAAAGUCAAAAAAUUCAAAUAGGCUCCUUGGAUUUUGGGCAGCGCUUAGAUAGUUUAUUACUUUCAAUAGAGUCUAUACAGAAUGCAAAUGAGGUGUUUUCACAGAUCUGCAGUGAUAUUGACAACAUCAGUAUUGAGCUAUCUUUGGUUUGGUCACAAUUUUUGGAGUCGUUCAUUUUGAAUAAACAGGUUCUCCCUCAUUUCCGAGAUGAGCAUCACCGACAGAGGAUAGGKCAUUUAUCAGAGGCUUUCUUUGUACAAGAGUUUCCAUGGGAUGAGCUUCAGAUUUCUCAAGAACAAAGUUAUCAGAUCCACCAAAGUUUGGGACAAGGCAUUAAAAAUUCCAGAUACUACCAAACAAUCCCUGCUGUUGCUGUUGAAUGCCCGGCUUUGGAUGGGGAUACGUCAUCAACGCCUAUUAUUUUUGAAGACAAAUUCAUAUUCACUUCAAUUCAUGAAGGAGCAAGUUGUGAUUCUGAUCUGGAGAAAAUCGAGUUGUCAGUAGGUAUUGAUGGCUUUGAAAUCAAAAAUGCCGUUGAAGAUGAAAUUGUCAACAUUGAAACAGAUAUUAAUGAUGUCCCAGCAUCUAAAGACGACCCCAAUUCGUCGUUUCCGUUAAGUGGUAUGAUGUGUAAUGGAGAAAGAGCGGUCAGAGAAACCAUGAUAUUAGAUGAUGACUUAGACGAUGGAAAUAGUAACCUAUCCAAGGCUCUUCAAGAAAUCAUAAUGUCACAGCAGGAGCCUGAAUCAUCAUUUGCCCUCAUGAAUAAUGCWGAAGAUGAAAAGUCAAGCCAAGAUUGUAAAGAUUAUUGCUCUGUUGAGGAUAAUUUUUCUGAAUGUAAACACUUGAUCACUGAAAACCUUUGCAGUGUUGGAAGUUUGUCUGUGCAUYCCAAUGUAAGUGAUUGCCCUAUUUUACAAUCAAAUGAGAAUGGUCAAAUCUGUAAACACGAAACAGUUUGUGAACAAUUUACAGAGCAAUAUGUCACUGACGAUGUGCACGGAUAUAGCUCUGCACAUAAAAUGAAUGUCGAGGCGGUAAAUAUGGAUAUUGCUACAAUCAUUGAGAUUAAUAAAAGUGAAGAUACAACAGCUACAAUAAAUGAGAAAACGUCAAUAGACCAAGGUAAUGAACAAAAUUUACCAGAGGAAAAAAUAGAGCAAGAUAUCCCAGAAAAUGCAAAUGAAUUUCAAAAGAUUGACAGUCAAACCAGAAUCGGUGAAAAGGAAAUUAUCGAUGAAAAGUCAGAAAGAACUGAUGAAAAAGAUUUUCCGGAAAAAAACUGCCAAACAAUUUCUACGAAGAAUAUAAAUAGUGAAAAUCAAAAUGAAACUAAUGGCCAAAAGACGCAAACGGAACAGAUUACAAACAAUAAAGAAUCUCUCGAUGUGGAGAUGAAAAUGAAAGAAAGCGACAAUCAACGAGCUGAAUGUGAAAAUAAUGAAGCCAUUGCAUCCCAAGAAUCAUGGAAUGGAACAAUUCUUGAAAAGCAAAAGGGAAUGCAUAGUCAUCAAAACUUAGAUGAGCCAUUGAAUAGGAAUGUAAACUUAGCAAUCGAGACUGAAAGAGAUGACCAAACCAACCUAGAGAGUCAUAUUGAAAGCAGUGAAACUAUCAAAGUUUUGGAUGAGAAUAUCGGAAACGGUUGUGAUUAUGACACCAGUGAAGAAAAGGAGAUAAAAACUAAUGACCAAGAAUCGCAUAAACAACAUGAAGAAACCACCGUUUCUGAAUAUAUUAUCCAAGAUAGUAGAGAUGAAUUGGUUCCACUUCAACUCAACAGAGAGGAUGUCUUCAGGGACAAACAAAGCAGUACAUCUGACCUCGACAACCCCCAUAAAACUGAAGAUGUAUCUAUACGUGGUAGUGAAUUUGAAGAUAGCGGCAAGGAACCAACUGCAAAGUGCGACAAAAGUAGUAAUCAAGAUGACGCACCUCCAAAUUUAGCCACGGACGAAGCACAGUCUUAUUCUAAAAUAUCUAUGCAAGAAGAAAAGGAAACUCUCAUUGAACCUGUUUUAUAUAAAAAUACUUUAUCAGAGAACGAAAAAAAUUUAAGUGGCGAAAUUCCAGUGCUUGAUGAAAAGCUUCCAGAAAAUUGCGAAAUGAAGCAGUCGUCGAGUGUAGUUACAUUUGUAAGUGCAAAAGAAGGUAGUACAUCAUCUUCAUCUUUGGAUUCUCCUAGUCGGGACAGCGUGUACGAAACACCAGGGUCAUCGCGGGCAUCUUUCUUAGGUCAAUCCGAUGUGGACGGCAACGAUGUUGUACAAAAACAGCGGCAACAGGAAAAGAAGCAAUCACCACCGCAAAGCAUCAAUAAAAAGGGCAAGAAGAAAGCUCAUCAGAAAGGACUCAUGAUAACAGGAUGUCUACCUGUUAAUUGUUCCGGGAACACAUCACCGUCCUUCACUAGAGGAAAUUCUGUAUACGGUGGGAGCGUGAAAUCCAGGUUUGAACUGGCUAAGCGAUACAUGAAACGGCAGCUGAAGUUUUCUUGUCAAAUUUACAGUGACAUCGGUUUGACAUCUGAACGUGAGCCAUACUUUAGUAAAGACAAAGUUGAUCGCGGCUUAGAAACACACUUGAUUGUGUGUGUACAUGGGCUAGACGGAAAUAGCGGGGAUCUCCGUUUAUUCAAGUGUUACCUUGAAAUGGCWUUACCUUCUACACGUAUUGAUUUCCUGAUGUCUGAAAUAAACCAGGGUGAUACUUUUGUAUCAUUUGAAGAACUAACAGAUCGACUUGUCCAAGAAAUUCUUCAUUAUAUUGACGCUUACUCGAUAUUUCCCUCCAAAAUCAGUUUUGUGGGGCAUUCACUGGGUAACAUCAUCAUUCGAUCAGCCCUGGCCCAUCCAUGCAUGCAACCUUUGUUAGACAGGAUGCAUACAUUCUUGUCUUUAAGUGGCCCGCACGUUGGUAUGUUAUAUCCUACUAGCCCAUUGGUCAGUACAGGGUUAUGGUUAAUGCAAAAGUGGAAGAAAUCUGAAGCACUCACGCAGCUGUCCCUCAAUGACCAUGAAGACCUACGGCAAACGUGUAUCUAUCGGCUAAGCCGAUCAAAAGGCCUGGAGUACUUUAAGAACGUUUUAUUGGUAAGCUCUGUGCAGGAUCAUUAUGUGCCUUACCAUUCCGCUAGAAUAGAAAUAUGUAAAGCUGCUUCUAAAGAUACUUCAGAAUACGGAACAAUCUACCGAGAGAUGAUCUCCAACCUGUUGUCGCCGUUAAAAGACAAAGAAAAUAUGACUUUUAUCCGGUACAGCUGCUACCACGCCUUGAACAGCUCGGCGAAUUCUUUUAUCGGGCGUGCUGCUCACAUUGCCAUGCUCGACUCGGAACUUUUUAUAGAAAAACUGUUAUUGGUGUCUGCUUUGGAAUAUUUUAGAUAACAUUACCAGUUACUAUAUCCAGUGUAUUGUAUCCAUACUCAACAGAGUUGUCAAGUUCAAUCGAUAAUACAAUUAAAAUUAGCCAUAUCGAAA